ACAACAUGGAGGUCAGAGCUUUCUGCAUCGCACUGUUGAUUGUGACGAUCCUCCUGUGUGCACACGUUGAGGAAGUUGAUGCAGCUUUUCUUCGUAUCUCUCCAAACAGACUGCAGUUCUUUGAAUAUGAGUUGGUCACUUUUUACUGUGAUGGAGUCUUUUACUGUGAUGUUGAACAUAAAUCGAUUAAGGAGAAGCCCUCGUGUUGUACCACUACUAACAGACAAUCAAGAGGACCUACCUGCACCAUUAAAAACAUUUAUCAAGAUGACUCUGGAAAGUACUGGUGUGAAGAAGGAAUAGAGAGAAGUAACAUCAUCAACAUCAAUGUCACUUCUGGUUCUGUGAUCCUGGAGAGUCCUGCUCUUCCUGUGAUGGAGGGAGAAGAUGUGACUCUGAGCUGCAGAAUCAAGGAAUCUUCAUCCAACAUCCAAGCUGAUUUCUAUAAAGAUGGAGUCCACAAGUUGAGAAGCAACACAGGAAAUCUGAACCUUAAACCAGUUUCUAUGUCUGAUCAAGGAUUCUACAAAUGUAACAUCUCUGGAGUUGGAGAAUCACCACUGAGCGUGCUGGCUGUUAGAGAACCUCACAAAGACUCCAAUACUGGCUCCUCAAGUACAUCAUGGAUCGUGAGCACCGUCUUGUUGAUGCUUGUCUUGUUGGUCGUGGGACUACUUCGAUUUGGCAGAUUCUCCUUUGUCAGGAAUGAGGAACAUCGCAUGAACUUUGCUCAAUUUUGCUUUGCCGCAUCACGAUUUUUCCACGUAUCUAAAAGACAUGAUGUUUGUUCACAGUCAAUGGCAGUGCCUGAUUCAGAGUAUCAGACAGUCUCUGUUCAGGCCAGUGCACCUGAAGCAAGCCAACCUAUGUAUGCUACUGUAACAAAGACCAGGAAGAAGAACGAUGAAAAUGGAGAGCCGCCCAUUUACUAUGCUUUGGGCGAGAGUGGCGAUCCACAGCUGGCAGAGUCCAGCGUUCCCUCAGUGACUCCUGUUGACAAUGAUGCCUACUAUUCUACAAUUCAGGAUGUAAGUCAGAUACAUUCUUUCAUCUUCUCCUUGCUACACAGUUGUCUUUCUAUGAGCAUGUUCUUGCUGUCCACUCAUAGUUGCUGAACAAAACCUCAAAGAGCAGCUCAGAAACCUUGAGCUUGCGAGCUCCUCAUCCUCUGUCAGUGCAGCAUCUACACAUCCUGUCAGAACAUCCAACACUCUGAUUAGAAUCAACCUGUCUCCAAGCACUCAUUCUACUAUCAUAUAUAUGUAGACCUCUAAGAUGGUGUCAUUUAAGUUGUUGAGGGGUUCUGAAUAUUUCCUUGUAGAAGGGUAUGAGUAGAAAUUUUAAGUCACACUUUAGUAAAGUCUGUAUGCUGUGUUGCAGGUUGCUAAACACUGACUGAAAGGAGGACCACCGCGAUCUACGUAAAAACCAGGAAGUGACACAGUUAAAGUCAGAAUUGUUGUUGUACAAGCUAAAAAAUGGAGAAAAAAAAACUUUUGACCUCACGUCUGUUCAUUAUGCUACAAAUUUAAAAUAAUUUCUGUGCAAAAACCAAUGCGUGGAGCUUGACAGUGUGUGCACUUUAACCAACGUAUCGGAGAGGUUUUGUUUUAUUUUCGUCAGGCAGUUUAACCAACUUGUUCCAUCAGCUUCGUCUGUUCACACAGUUCUCCCCAGAUUAACUCUGCUGCUGCUUCUAAAUGCACAACAGUUAGCUGCGUAUCUGAAUGUGUUGAAAGUAUUGCUUUUUUAGGUUGUGGUCACCAAAGAGACGAGUUUCUCAUCAGAGAAUAAAAGUCAUG